CUCAUGGGAUCAGAGCAGGUGGAAAUGCGCAAAAGGCAGACCUCUGCAUCUCAGGACAUACCAAGCUCUCUACUUGCCCAGUCUGGGGUAGAGACUCAAGGCUCCAAUCCCUGCUGCUUUUGCUGGUGCUGCUGGUGCAGUUGCUCCUGUGUUACUGUUAGGAAUCAAGAUGAAAGUUCAACGGCAGCAGCACAUGAAAUUGGAUCAGAAAUGAUUCCAUACUGUCAACAAGGCUCAACACCUUCUUUGGACGAAGCAAGUGCUUGGAGGCAUUCCUUUGACAAACUGAUGGCAACACCUUCAGGUCGAAAUGCUUUCAGAGACUUCCUUCGGUCAGAAUACAGUGAAGAAAACAUGCUUUUCUGGCUGGCCUGUGAGGACUUAAAACAGGAAUCCAACAAGAAUGUAAUUGAAGAAAAAGUCAGACGAAUAUAUGAAGAUUAUGUUUCUAUUCUUUCUCCAAGAGAGGUCAGUCUGGACUCCAGAGCAAGAGGAAUUAUUAACCGGAACAUAAUGGAACCAUCGAUACAUACUUUUGAUGAAGCACAAUUCCAAGUUUAUAUGUUGAUGCUCAGAGAUUCCUACCCUCGGUUUGUGAACUCUGCUAUUUACAAAGACUUAGUUAUAUCACAUUUUCAAAAAUCUGCUGAAUCGUAG